UUGAUGGCUAUUGCAUGAAUGACAUUGGGUCUCUUUCUCUACCGGUCGUGACCGCGCGCUUCACGCAGACGUGCGCGCCGUAAUGGCGGGUAGGACAUUCGGGGGUUCAUCCACCUCCGCUGGAAACAAUGAAGGCAAUCUUCUCGACCUUGACGAUUCACGACCUGUUUACAGUUCUGGCGAACGUCCGCCAGUAAAUGACGAUCUUUUAUUGCAGCGAUUUGAUAUCGAUGAUACCGAAGAAGCCCAAUCUCGACCUUCCAUCUCCUAUGAUGACUUUGUCGGAGGAGGGCCCGGCAGAGCUGCCGGCGCAGCUCCAACAGGGCCUGCAACCGUUACGGGAGCUCAGCCUUCUGGGCCUUAUGUUUCUGGAGAUCGCGAUCGCUCUUUCUCACAAACCUCUGGUUUGAACAAUUACCAACGAUAUUCGGACUUGGACGACUUUCCCGACGAUCGAUCGAUGCAAGGCUAUUACAAUGCGGGUGGGGACAUUGAUGAACAUGCUCUGCCAAAUGUCAUGGGCGGCAAGCCUAGGGAUCGAAAUAGCAUUCUCAGCUUAGGUGGGGGUUUGGUGGGCAGGGCCAAGAACAUGCUGGGCAUGGGCGCGAAUUAUUCGGAGAUGGACCUCCCCUUGACCGAAGCAGGCGCGCGGGCAUCGCGACUGGAACCAGAGGGGACGGACGAGGGGGUCAAGCCGACCGAGCACAAGAGGCGAACGGCUGGGAGCUUCAAAUUUGGCUUUGGUCGUGGAAAGGUCGAUCCAUCGACUUUGGGACCGAGGAUCAUUCAUUUAAACAAUCCUCCUGCGAAUUCUGCCAACCGAUACGUCGACAAUCACGUCUCAACUGCAAAGUACAACAUCAUCACCUUUCUUCCCAAGUUUUUAUUUGAGCAAUUUUCCAAAUAUGCCAACUUGUUCUUCCUUUUCACCGCCGUCUUGCAACAGGUUCCCAACAUUUCUCCCACGAAUCGAUGGACAACAGUGGGGCCGCUAGUCAUUGUGCUUUUGGUCUCUGCUGGUAAAGAGUUGAUAGAGGACUUUAAACGGAAGAGCUCAGACAAGUCGCUCAAUUAUUCGAACGCGCGAGUGCUUCGAGGCUCGAAAUUCGAAAACACGAGAUGGGUCAAUGUGUCCGUGGGCGACAUUGUCCGAGUCGAGUCUGAGGAACCGUUCCCAACAGACCUUGUGCUGUUGGCCAGCUCGGAGCCGGAAGGUCUCUGCUACAUUGAGACCGCAAACUUGGACGGCGAGACCAACCUCAAAAUCAAACAAGCCAUUCCGGAGACUGCGAAUUUGGUUAGCCCGACAGAGCUCAGCAGGCUGGGCGGAAGAGUGCGUUCCGAGCAACCAAACAGUAGCCUGUAUACUUAUGAGGCCACCAUGACCAUGCAAGCUGGCGGCGGUGAGAAGGAGCUUCCGCUGAACCCCGACCAGCUGCUGCUUCGAGGCGCUACACUGCGAAACACUCCCUGGGUGCAUGGCAUUGUUGUGUUUACCGGUCAUGAGACGAAACUCAUGCGCAAUGCCACUGCGACUCCAAUCAAGACAACAGCUGUCGAGCGAAUGGUCAAUAUGCAAAUUUUGAUGCUUGUCGGUAUCCUGAUUGCCCUGAGUCUGGUCAGCUCCAUUGGCGAUUUGAUUGUUCGAAUAACCGCACACUCUAAGCUUUCCUACCUUUACUACGGCCACACCAAUGCCGUGGGGCAAUUCUUCUCAGACAUAUUUACUUACUGGGUCCUUUAUUCGAACCUUGUCCCUAUUUCCCUUUUCGUAACGAUAGAGAUUGUCAAGUAUUACCAAGCAUUUCUCAUCAACUGCGAUUUAGACAUCUAUUACGACAAGACGGAUGCGCCUGCUACAUGCCGCACCUCAUCACUUGUGGAAGAGCUGGGUCAGAUUGAGUACAUCUUUUCCGACAAAACCGGGACAUUGACCUGCAACCAGAUGGAAUUCCGACAAUGUUCUAUUGGAGGGAUCCAGUACGCCGAUGAAGUUCCUGAAGAUCGAAGAGCAACCCCAGACAAUAUCGAAGGCGCCGUUUACGACCUCAAACAAUUACGCCAAAAUCUUUCCAGCCAUGAGACAGGUACAGCCAUUCACCAUUUCUUGGCGCUCCUUGCAACUUGCCACACAGUCAUCCCGGAGAGAAACGAAUCGAGCCCGGAUAGUAUCAAAUAUCAGGCAGCUUCACCAGACGAAGGCGCGCUUGUUGAAGGUGCAGUUACCCUAGGCUACCAAUUCGUUGCGCGGAAACCUCGUUCGGUUAUGAUAAGGAUCAAUGGCGAAGAGUUCGAGUACGAGCUUCUGGCUCUCUGCGAGUUCAAUUCCACGAGGAAGCGAAUGUCGACCAUUUACCGUUGCCCCGACGGCAAGAUCAGAUGCUAUACAAAGGGUGCCGAUACUGUCAUCUUGGAACGUCUAGGCAAUGAUAAUCCUAUCGUUGAAGCCACCUUGCAGCAUCUGGAAGAAUAUGCAUCGGAAGGUCUACGUACUCUUUGUCUUUCUAUGCGAGAGAUUCCAGAGCAAGAGUUUCAAGAAUGGUGGAAAAUAUUUGAGAAGGCUUCGACGACUGUGAGCGGUAACCGUGCCGACGAACUCGACAAAGCAGCCGAGCUCAUUGAGCGCGAUUUCGUCCUCCUGGGUGCGACUGCCAUUGAAGACAAGUUGCAGGAUGGUGUACCGGACACUAUCCACACCUUGCAGACGGCGGGUAUCAAAGUCUGGGUGUUGACGGGAGAUCGACAAGAAACCGCCAUCAACAUUGGCAUGAGUUGCAAGCUGAUUAGCGAGGACAUGACGCUCUUGAUAGUUAAUGAAGAGAAUGCAGAGGCAACCAGGGACAAUCUCCAGAAGAAACUGACUGCGAUCCGAAACCAUGCCAGUGGUGGCCCCGAGCUCGAAGCUCUGGCCCUAAUCAUAGACGGUAAAUCCCUGACUUUUGCUCUGGAGAAGAGCAUGGAGAAGAUGUUCCUCGACCUGGCCGUCAUGUGUAAGGCCGUAAUCUGCUGCCGUGUUUCACCCCUGCAGAAAGCCCUUGUUGUUAAGCUAGUCAAGAGACAUUUGAAAGCUAUUCUCCUUGCUAUUGGCGACGGUGCCAAUGACGUUUCCAUGAUCCAAGCUGCACACGUCGGCGUUGGCAUCAGCGGUGUUGAAGGCCUUCAGGCAGCCAGAAGCGCCGACGUAGCCAUUGCCCAGUUCCGCUAUCUCCGCAAACUGCUGCUCGUCCACGGCUCAUGGAGCUAUCAGCGAGUCAGCAAAGUCAUCCUCUAUUCAUUCUAUAAAAACAUUGCUCUCUACAUGACACAAUUCUGGUAUUCCUUCCAAAACAGUUUCUCGGGUGAAGUCAUUUACGAGUCUUGGACACUUUCCUUUUACAACGUCUUCUUUACCGUCUUGCCGCCCCUGGUCAUGGGCAUUUUCGACCAAUUCAUCAGCGCUCGCCUUCUCGACCGCUACCCGCAACUCUACCAGCUCGGCCAGCGUGGCGUUUUCUUCCGCAUGCAUUCCUUCUUCUCAUGGAUCCUGAACGGCUUCUACCACUCCUUACUGCUCUACUUUGCCUCUGAGCUCAUCUGGCUAUACGACAUGCCCCAGAGCGACGGUAAAGUCGCCGGCCACUGGGUCUGGGGAGCCGGCCUGUACACUGCAGCCCUGGCAACGGUCCUGGGCAAAGCAGCCCUAGUGACCAAUGUCUGGACAAAGUACACCGUCAUCGCUAUCCCCGGGUCGAUGAUCAUCUGGAUGAUUUUCCUGCCCGUCUAUGCCACCGUCGCGCCCAAGCUGGGCUUUUCCACGGAAUAUCAUGGCGUGCUGGGAAGAUUGUUUACCAGUCCUGUGUUCUGGCUCAUGGGCCUUGUCCUUCCAGUGUUGUGUCUUCUACGUGACUUUGCUUGGAAAUAUGCCAAACGCAUGUACUACCCGCAAGCAUACCACCACAUUCAGGAAAUUCAGAAAUACAAUAUCCAAGAUUACCGCCCGCGGAUGGAACAAUUCCAAAAAGCCAUCCGCAAAGUCCGCCAAGUCCAACGCAUGCGCAAGCAGCGCGGCUACGCUUUCUCGCAGGCCGACGAGUCGCAAACCCGCGUGCUCCAGGCCUACGAUACCACUCGUGGACGUGGCCGCUUUGGUGAAAUGGCAAGUUCCCGACCGGCCAUGGGCCCGAGUGGCGGCGGCGCAGGCAAUACCGGCUGGGCAGACCGUCAAGGAGGAAGCAGCAGUGGCAGUGGUGGCGGAGCAGGUGGAGGAGGAGGAGGAUAUUCGAAUCCAUUUUAGGAUGUCGAUUGUGUUCUAGUUCCUUUCUUUCCUUUCUGUUAUUUUCUCAUCAUGUUGUUGUGGUUUUUUUUUUUCUCAUUUCAUUUGAAUGGGUUGUUAUUAUUGUUGUUGUUGGUUUUAGAUAUUCCACAUUUGAGUUUCAAUAUCAGGGCGUCGGUAUGAUAUACAUGUCCACUUGUUUCCAGAUUUCGUCAUGUAAACUCUUGUGUCGCUGCUUGGAAAUUAUCUCAAUCCGUACAUGAUCAUACAGUGCCUCGUGUUCAUGUGAUAUAUUCCAGGUAGGUUCAGAGGG